AUGUGGUGGAUGCAGCAAAUGCCCAGUUGGCAUUGGGAGGAAUUGCAGGAGGAAUUGGAAAAGUCAAAAGAGAAAGAGGAAGGUGGACGUAUCAAGGGAACGUUCAGCCACGUUGUGACACAUGAAGGUUUUUUGAGGGAUCAAGCUGAGCACACUCAACAGAGGCUGGAUGAGGCCGAGCUGGAGAAGCUGAAGGAGGAGGCCAAGGAGGGAUGGAGAAAGUUCAAUGAGACACAGAAAGCAGAGGUGGUGAAAUGGCAAGAGGAAAAAGAGUGCUGGCAAAGCCAUCGGAAAUCCAAAUGA